CUCAACAUGAUCCCUUCAGUCACAGGCGUGCCCGUACCCCCGGCAGUGGUAAAGUUUAUCGAAGACUUUUACCGUAUCUCGGAUGAGGAGGACUACGACCAUUAUGCUGCUCAGUUCACGGAGGAUGUCACCUUUCACGUGCAUCAGCCUGCCGUGGGCCGGGAUUCUAUCCGCAAGCGCCGUUCGCUUGUCAAGGAGACCUUCACACAUAUGGCGCACCACUACCAGCACAUCUUCUGCGCGGACCCAAACAUCGCGUACGUUGUAGGUACACUCGACUUCGACCGUAUCGUGGACGGCAAGCAGGCGCGCGACAUUGAUUGGGUUGCGCGCAUCACGUUCAAUGGGCAGCUCGAAAACCUCAAGAUCCGUGACUACUACGUCUGGGUGCACUACCCCGCAAUUGAGCUCCCGCGCAGCAAAGGCUAAGAC